AUGGAGAAGAGAAAACUCGAGGCCAACGAAGAACGUUUCUCUAUUUACUGGCGAAAAUCCACACCGACAAUCUGGAUAAGGAUCGUUGUUUGGGUAGCAUACUUGUCUGCAGACUGGGUGGCAACUAUUUCCUUGGGCAACCUAGCAACUAGCCCAGGAAAUUCUGACAGUAAUUCUUCAAACAACAUAGCCAUCCAGGCAUUUUGGGCACCAUUCCUUCUUUUGCAUCUUGGUGGCCCAGAUACUAUCACGGCUUACUCUUUAGAAGACAAUGAGCUGUGGUUAAGACACUUACUUGGGCUUCUUGUCCAAGUUGUAGUGGCAUUUUAUGUCUUCGUUUGGUCUUGGAGCAAGGGAGCCCUUACUUUUAUUGCCAUUCCAAUAUUUACUACUGGUAUUGCAAAGUAUGGAGAAAGGACAUAUGCACUCAGGUCUGCAAGCACUAAGCAAUUUAAAGAGGCCUUGCUCUCCACUAAUCCAUUUGCAGAAAACACUAUGAGAAUGGUACUGGGAAUCACAGAAGAUGCUUUUUUCGAGAGAAAUAUUAAGAUGGAGGGGCCGAGGGAAAAACUCAAUGAACUAUAUUUAAGCCGCAAGCAAGUUGGAAAUCAGAUGGAUGAAGCUCAUUUUUUAUUCAAGAGAUUUGUUUAUCUCUUUGGAAACCUAAUCUUGGGCCUUAAUGAACGGAGAGAUUGCUACAGCGUCAUUUGUGAGAAGUCAGCUGAAGAUGCCUUCAAACUAGUAGCAAUUGAGCUUGGGUUUAUGUAUGAUGUGCUUUACACAAAGGCGACCUUAAUUUAUACUCGAUUGCUUCUUGAAAUUAGACAAUUAUCUAAUGCCAAUGUACUUUCUCAAGCAAGGUUGCAUAUUAUGAGCUUGAACAAUAACUAUUUAUAUAACAUGAUCCUUAUAUUAUAA